GCACAUAUUAAACUCAUCAGGCUUUUGAUUUUCUUUAAUUAGUCAUUUCCUGCUUGGACAUUUCCUGUCCUUUCUUCAGCCAUAAGACUGAUGUGGCGGCUGCCCUCUCCCAACAGACCCCGAGCAGAUAGUGCCCUCAACAGGGGCAUAGCCACAGUCAAAGAGGAUGCGAUUGAAAUGCUGGCCAGCUAUGGCCUGGCCUACUCCCUGAUGAAGUUCUUCACCGGACCCAUGAGCGACUUCAAGAAUGUGGGUUUGGUGUUUGUCAACAGCAAGAGGGACCGGAGGAAGGCUGUGUUCUGCAUGGUGACGGCCGGGGUCAUCGCGUUCGUCCUUCACAUCUUGAUAGCUUACACAGAUUUAGGAUACUACAUCAUUAAUAAGCUCCACCAUGUGGAUGACUCUGUGGGGAACAAGACAAGAAAGGCUUUCCUAUACCUGGCUGCAUUCCCUCUGCUGGAUGCAAUGGCGUGGAUUCAUGCAGGGAUUCUUCUCAAGCACAAGUACAGCGUCAUAGUGGGCUCAGCCUCGAUCUCUGAUGUUGUGGCCCAGAUUGUGUUCGUGGCCAUUCUCCUCCACAGUAACCUAGAAUGCGUGGAGCCUUUACUCAUCCCCAUCCUUUCCCUGUAUAUGGGGGCCUUGGUCCGUUUCAGCAUCGUCGGCCUGGGUUACUACUGUAACAUUCAUGACAACAUCCCAGACUCCAGUGGACUGGAUGUGGGCGGCGAUGCCACCAUCAAGAAGAUGCUGAGUUUCUGGUGGCCCCUGGCCCUCAUCCUGGCCACUCAGCGUAUCAGCCGACCCAUCGUCAACCUCUUUGUGUCUCGCGACCUCAAGGGCACAUCUGAUGCCACAGAGGCCGUGGCUGUCCUCACGGCCACAUACCCCGUGGGUCACAUGCCCUACGGCUGGUUAACUGAACUGAGAGCAGUGUACCCGGCCUUCGACAAGAACAAUCCCAGCAACAAGCUGAACGCUGCCACCCCAGUCACCAAGUCGCAUAUUAAAAAGUUUACAUCCUGCUGUCUGGCUUUAUCACUCACGCUUUGCUUUGUGGUGUUUUGGACUCCUCGUUUAUCAGAGAAGAUCCUGAUUGAUGUCAUCGGAGUGGAGACUACUUUCGCCGAUCUGUGCGUGGUCCCGCUCCGCAUUUUCUCCUUUUUUCCCCUGCCAGUGACUGUUCGGGCUCAUUUGACUGGAUGGCUCAUGACCCUGAAAAAGACCUUUGUGCUGGCCCCCAGCUCAGUUCUCCGCAUCAUUGUCCUCAUCACCAGUCUAGUUGUGCUGCCUUAUAUGGGGGUUCACGGGGCCACGCUCGGGGUUGGAUCCCUGCUGGCCGGCUUCAUAGGAGAGUCGACAAUGGUUGCCAUAGCGGCGUGCUAUGUUUAUCGACAACAGAAAAACAAUGAAAUGUCCAACGAGCUGGUGGUGGAGGGCGAGGACGCUGCCCCGAUGAGCGAGGUGUGCGCCAGGACUCCGAUGGACGCCAUCGAGGAGCUCCAGGAGGAGGAGGAGGAGGAAGAGGAGGGACAGGAGUGAAACUCUUGACUGCAGGGGAAGGUGAAGCCGACCUCCCAUGUGGAACUUUGCCGAAGAGGAGACUGCCAAGUGUUACAGUGGAGAGAGGACCCAGAGUAUGGUUUGGUUUCAGAGGUUCUCCCGGCAGACAAAACUUUGAAGAAGAGCGACGAGGUCUUCUUCACGUCGACCGUUAAAACGCACACUGUAAAGAAAGCCAUGCACCUCCCACGUGUUCAUUCAUCCGUGUAAAUACCGUUCUCGUCUUCCGCCCUUUUCUUCAGUUCUCAUAGUUCUUGCAUCAUCACAUCAGCCGGUGUAUUAACCACUUUCAUGUGUUUACUGGUAAACAAGGGAAAACGACACGGGUGAAGUGUUCCUCCUCAGCGGCAAGAAUGAGACGUCUGUCGAGUGGUAGUGGAGUUGCCAAAAAAAUACGGAGUUCAUUAUUUUAUGUUACUUUAUCAAGAUUAAGCGGCGAGGACUUGCUUGAAAUAUAGACAUGUUGUGGGACUUGUUGGGUUGUGCAAUCAUAUUUUACAUACAACGGUGUACAGAUUAUUGUUGUUUUAUAUAGGUAAUGCAAUGUGUAUAUUUAAUUGCCCAGAGGGGUCAGGAAUCUCUCGUUAUAUCAUUGCGUGUGUUACAAAAAACGAAAGUUAUGAUUGUUCACUUUCCAUGCAGUCUGGGAGUCCAUCUACUUUUGUUUUGCCAAGCAUUUUCCUGGUAGUGUUCAGGCUGUCAUACGUACUGUAUAUACUGUAUAGGCAUUCUUAUUUGGCAAAUAAAUUGCUUUAUUAUUAA